CCCCAUCCAUCUGUUAAUCUCCUUCUACAGGCUUUCUCAAACAGUCAGUCAGGCAAGAAGCCGAGAGAGAAAAAUUAAAAGGCACUACAGGACGUUCGGGAAACAGUACACCCAGGAGUCCCAUCUGUAACACCACCAUUCCUAAUGCUUAGGCCUCCUGGUGUGUCGGUCGGGAAUGUAAAAACGAAUUGCUACUGGAUUGAACCGGGCCAAACAAAAACAACAUGGGAUGUAUUCAACUGUGGAAUAUAAAGGUUUAAAGUCCGAUUAUCGCUGUGGCUACUGUGGCUCGAACGAUGGUAAAGUGUCCACGGGUAUGUGGGCUCAUGCCAUGUCUGUUCAGGACUAUCAAGACCUAAUUGACCGAGGGUGGAGGAGGAGUGGUAUGUACGUUUAUAAACCUACAAUGAAUCGAACAUGUUGCCCUCAGUAUACAAUCAGGUGUCAUAUUUUAGACUUCAAACUUUCUAAGUCCUCAAAGAAAAUAUUAAAGAAAAUGACGCGGUUUCUUUCCAAAGGAGAAGUAGUAAAAGGAAGUGAUGUUGAACCCAUGGAUUCUCACAGUGAAGACGCUGGAAUUGGUCACCAACCUGUAGCAUGUACCUCAGAGUUCAAUACAGAUAUAGAGAAACCUUUCAAGAUUGUGAGCCUUGAGGAACUUGAGUCUACUGAAAUACAGGAGAAACCUCAACCGGAUGCUGCUAGUGAUAAAGGGGAACCAGGAUCAAAAAAUCCAUCUGUGGAAGCAGAUGUUUCCACUGAGCCAUUUAAAAGUGUUCCCAAACCAGGCAGAGGAGCAGAUCCAACUAAACCACCUUGCCGCAAAGCAAAAGAUAUUCGGAGAGAGAUAAAAUUGAAAAAACUACUUCAGAAGCAGCAGCAAAGAGGAGUGGCUGAUGUAUCCCAGCACCAAGAACCCUCUUGUGCCAACCCUCAUACUGUCCUGUUGGGGCACCAUGUCCCUCAAGCAAAUCGGCCAAAAUCAUUGGAAGAAUUCAUUUUUGAGUCUUUAACUCCAGAUGCAGUACAUCAACUAGAGGUGAGGCUAGUGAGGUCAUCUCCACCAAACUCCCAGUUCAAAGCAACUUUUCAGGAAUCUUACCAGAUCUAUAAACGGUACCAGAUGGCCAUCCACAAGGAUCCCCCUGAUAAAGCAACUGAACACCAGGUGAAACUAGUGCCAGUUUCCUCUGAUGACCCAGAUUUCACUGAAUCCUUUAACCAAUCAGCAGCUUUGUAUUCCAAGUAUCAAAUGGCUGUCCACCAGGAUUCACCUGAUGAAUGUAGUGAAUCAGAGUAUACACGAUUCCUUUGUCAGUCCCCACUCCAGGCAGAGAAUCCACCAGAUGGGCCUGUUUCAGGUUAUGGAUCAUUUCACCAACAGUACUGGUUGGAUGGAAAGAUUAUUGCAGUUGGAGUAAUUGACAUUCUUCCUCGGUGCAUCUCCUCUGUGUACCUUUAUUAUGAUCCUGAUUUUGCAUUCUUGUCAUUGGGUGUUUAUUCUGCACUCAGGGAGGUUGCUUUUACAACUCAGCUACAGAAGACUGUUCCCAGUGUCUGUUAUUACUAUAUGGGCUUCUACAUCCAUUCAUGCCCCAAGAUGAAGUACAAGGGUCAGUACCAUCCAUCUGACUUGCUGUGUCCAGAGACAUAUGCCUGGGUACCGAUUGAGAAGUGUAGGACAAAGUUGGACCAGUCUAAAUAUAGUCGUCUAAAUGAGGACCCAAAUGCAGAAGAUGAAAAUAGAUUGCGAGACCUUGGUAAAGUUCUUGUACUAUACAGGAAUACAGUUAUGCCUUACAGCAUCUACCAGAGACGAAAGAAGAGAGCCAGUGAUGAAGAAGCAGUACGACAAUAUGCAAGCCUGGUUGGACAGACCUGCGCAGAGCGAAUGCUGCUUUAUCGAAACUAAAGACAUGGUUUAUGUGUUAAGAUGUCAAAAUAAGAAAGCUCUGUAUGCUAAAUUAAUGCUGUGUAACAACAUCACAAUACACAUCUCCUAUUUUAAAAGACUCUGACCAACCACUUCAUACAGUGUGUGUGUGCAUGUAUGGGUGUGUGUGCCUGAGUGUAAAUGUUUUUUUUGUAGUCUACACAGCAUUUAACUUUAAAGCUGUUCUCGAACUUUUCCAGGCAAGUCAUCUCCUUUCAGUUUUCUUUGGGAUAAACCUCACCAAAAAUGUUUUAGUCUCACAGUACCUAGGUUAGAAUUCUUUUGCUCUGUUCUUUCACUUGGCUUUUCUCUCUCUCCCUUUUCUUUUCCACUGUGCUCUUGUUUUUUUUUUUUACUUCCUCCUAAUCCCUUCCACACUCUCACUCUACUCUCUGAAUCCUGUGCUUCUAUGUUAUCUAUGUUCUUUCCCCCUAUAUUAAGGUCUUGAUUUCAUUUCUUUUCAUUUUUCCUUUCUCUCCCCAGUGAGCAGACAACUAAACAGCCUUGGAGAGCUGGACAGGGUGCCACAUGUUGCUUGCUGGACAUUGUAAUCUUUCAUGUGACUGCACAUUUUUGUUUGCGUAUGUCACAGCCUUUACAUUGAAGAUGGGGAAUGAGUUAGCUGAGUGAGAAUAGUGAAGUUUCAGAAGGGGUAAGAGGAUAUACCCAGAGUCCCAGCAGAUAUUGCAGUAAGACAGGACAUUGUUAAAGCCAGGUUUAUGGUUGUUUAUGAUUUUUCUAAUAUAAUGAAUGAUUAAUUGUUUCUGUAGAUUGGUAGUUGAACUUAUAUCCAUGUUUGUCUAGAACAGCAGGAAAUAACUGAUCUUAAUUUUUUAAAAAUUCAAAUGAAAGAGUAAUACAUGCUAGAUGCAAUGGGUAUAGCUGAGUGAGGGAGCAGCCAUUGCAACAAAUACAUUGUUUCCUAUUUUUGCUGCAAGGCAUUUCAGGGAAAUUAAAAUUAGGGGAAAGGUUUUGCAUAAUAUUGAACUUCAGCAGUUAGGAAAGAGAAAAUACAUCUAAGUACUGAACCAACAAGGAAAAAGAAAACCAGGUUAUUUGUCACAAUGUACAUGAUUGAUUCAAAUUUUAUUAUAGAAAUACUGUAUUCACAUAACACUCCAAAAUAAACAUAAAUGCUUAUAUAAAACUUAUAUUUUGAAAACUUUUUUAUUUUUACAUAUAAAAUUCUGGUUGAUAGACUGUGACCUUAGGCAUAUUAUCUGAGCAAAUUUUUCACCUCAUAAAACAUUCAAAUCUAGCAUCCAGAUCCAGAAAUUCAUUGAUGAAAGGGUUUGACUGGCACAGUAAACUCAUUUCACACUUGGCUACAGCAUAGACAUAACAAGUGAUCACAAAGUACAUUGAGAAGAGAAGCUAUUGAUCACGGGUAUACAGCUGAUGACAGAAACUGCAUGGAUGGAAAGCAUAUGUUGUUAGACAAAGAGCAGCAUUUUUCUCAGCCUGCCAAGCAAUGUAUAUAAAUUUGUUUGAGAUGGCACAUGUGUUGCACUGGUACCUAUUUCUAACUAUAUCCUUUUACAUUGGUGCCAAGUAGAAAAUAAGCAUCUCUCAAAACCGUGUGACACAGCACCAGCCUGUUGUCAUGCACUUUUUGAAUAGCGCAUUUAAGAGUGGCAGAGGUAUAACAACUAGGGAGACAAAAGGGGAGAAAGUGGGAAGUUGCAUGAUUCCAAAAACUAGUUUGACACAUCUCAUACAGCAACAAGUUGUAUUUAUGUAGCUCCCUUACUGUAAUAAAACAGCUGAAGGUUCUUCACAGAGGUAUAAUGAAACAAAAUAUGACACCAAGUCACAUAAGGAGAUGUUAGAUCAAAUUACCAAAAAGGUUAGGUUUUAAGGAGUGUCUUAAAGGAGCAAAGUGAGGUGGAAAAAUUCAGGGAGGGCAUUCCAAAUUUCAGGGUCUAGACAACUGAAAGCACAGCCAAUAAUGAUAGAACAAUUAAAAUCAGGGAUGCUCAAGAUCGAGAAUUAGUAGAGUGCCAAUAUCUCAGUAAGCCUUCAUAUUAGAGGAGAUUACAGAAAUAGGGAGGGUCUGCCCUUGGAGGGUUUUGAAAACAAAGAUGAGAAUUUACAAUCAAAGCAUUGCUUAACUGGUAGCCAAUGUAGGUCAGUGGGGAUAGAGGUGAACACAAUUUGAUCUGAGUUAGGACAGCAGAGUUUUGAAUGUCCACAAGUUUAGGAGGGUAGAAUGUUGGAGGCCAGUCAGGAUUGCAUUAGAAUGGUCAAAUAUCUAAGUAACAAAGGCAUGAAUGAGGGUUUCAUCAGCAAAAGGGGUGAGACAUAGGUGGAGUUGUGCUGUGUUAAAAGGUGAAAUUGGUGGUCUUAGUGACAGACUGGAUGUUCACCACGGAGUCAAGUAUAACAUAAAGUUUGCAAGCAGUCUGGUUCAGCCACAGACAGUUGCCAGGGAGAGGGAUGGAACACAGUUUAUGGUGGGGACCAAAAACAAUGGUUUUAGGUUUUUCCCAAUAUUUAAUUGGAGGAAAUUGCUGUUCAUUCAGUAUUGAAUGUCAGGCAAGCAGUCUGACAAUUGAGAGACAUUGAUGGGGCCCAGAAAGCUGAUGGAAAGGUAAAAUUGGGUGUCAUCAGUGUACAUGUGGAAACUGCUAUUGCUGGAUUUUCAUUUGUGGAUCCAUCUGGAGCAAAUGCGGGUCACACAUGCCCGCACUGGAACAUAGACAGCAAUUUUUGAGGAGAAUGCUUCCAGCUGGUGGGCUCCAGAGGCUGGCGGGCCAACACUGAAAGAAUGGCAGUCAAACUGGCAAAGGUGGAAGCUGCUAGUAUAGUUUUGAGAAACAGUGGGUGCCACAAAAUGGAGAGAUCCUCAGAAGAGCUUUUACAAUUUUUUUAAAAUCAAAGAGGCCACAGCUUCAGGCUGUCAUCUUGGAGGGAGAACCCACUGCACUGGUCCUUUGAUCUGCUAUUAGGAGGCCACCUCCAUUCCCUAGCCGUAUUUUGACCUCAGUGGGGGCCUGUGCACCAACUAGAGAAUUUCAGUGUAUGUGGAGUGGCCUUAAUGGGCCCUCUAAAUGGCUAUCGGCUAUUUGCAUGCAGUUAGUAGCAGGAAAUUGCAGACCUAUCCAUCUCUGGCCCCACCUCUGCUGCCAAGUGAAAAUUUAGCCCAUUGUUUUUCAGAUGAAGGGCAGCAUGUAGAUGAGAAAUAGAAAGAAGCCAAGGAUUGAUCCUUGGGGGACAGCAGAGAUAACAGUGUGGGAAUGGGAACAGAAAUGAUUGGCGACUCAAUGACUACAAUUAGAUAACUAAGAGUUAACCAAGCGAGGGCACUCUCACCCAGCUGGAUGACAAGGGAAAAACAUUGGAGGAGAAUGGUGCAAUCAACUGUGUCAAAGGCUGCAAAGAGGUCAAGAAGGAUGAGGAUGGAUAGCUUGUCUUUGUCACAGUGAAAAGGAUGUCAUUUGUCUCAUGGUUAAAGAUAUCCAACGGAGAUCCCAUUGUAAUGCAUAGAUACUUGGGUAAAACACAAGUGCUUCGGGAUGUUUUGCAAAAUUGCAUGCUCAAUCCCUAGUUCAAUUUCAACCAAAUUACUCUAGUGCAUGAGUAGAUAAUGCUUUGUCUUUCACUUAAUUGCUAGGCUGUGAGAGUAAAUUAUGUUGAUGGCCAUGAAGAGCAGCCAGGCAGCUGUUACUGAUUAUGUUGAAAUGGUAUAGCUGAGAAUGGAUUUUCUAUUUUAUCUCACAAGCGAGUUGUGAAGAACUUUCCCAAGAGCAGAAUAAACAGGGUGCCUGUCAUACGGUUCCGAGUUAUGUAUUCUGCUUAUGCAAUUCACUGGCCACAUAAAAUAGAAAUUGUGAAGUUGGCACUUGUUCCUCUGUCACAAUGGAACACAGCUGAAUGUUUCCCAUAUCAUGCAAAUCCCUUACCCUUUCCUUCAUUCUCUUAUAGCCCCCGAGAAGAAAUUAAGUUACUUCGGAUAACUAUGGAGAGAAAAAGCCAACUUGUAUUGAUAUCAGCCUUAAUACUGGUACAUCUUUCAGGGCACCUCAAACUCAAAAUUUAACCUCCAGCCAAUUGUUUUGGAGCGCAGCGACUGUUAUGUAGGCCAAUUUAGCAACCAUUUUGUUCACAGCAAGGUCCCACAAAUGAGAUAUCACCAGUUAAUCUCUCUUUUAUGCAUUGCUGGUUUUGAAUAUUGCUCAAGUAACUGGGAAAGUUGUGCUGUUCAUUAAACAGUGUCCCAUGAUCCUUAACAUCUACCUAAACUACUAAUAGGGAUUUCCAACAAUGUAACCCUUCCUUGUAUUGCGUGCUAGCCCAAGUUAUGUGACCAAGUCCUAGAGAGAAGUGUAAAUUCACAAACUUCAGGCUUCCAAGUCAUUCAACUUCAGAAAUGAAAUGGUUUUCUAAACUGUAAAUUAUAAUCAUUAUUUUCUGACUGGAGAAAACAUGGUGACAGAAGAGCAGACAGUUAUGCAACAAUAAGCAACUAGUAAUAGACAGUACGUUAGGAAGGGGAAAAUUUUAUCAGCAUUGUCACACCUGAUCAUAUCAACGACUCAUUCGGAAAAUUGUAAAUUUCUGGAUAUUGUGAGAGGAUUGGCUAAGUUGUGGGGCCUUAGAGUAGAAUAGACUGCUAGUUCAUAGCCUAUUGACUUAAAACCAUGAGGAAUAGCCACAUGGGUAGGUAUGAGAGGGUGGAUGUACCUACAGAGCUUAUCCACUCAAGAGUUGGUUCCUAAUUAUGCUGAUCAACCUUUGAAGAAAAAACCCACUGUCAUAAUAAUUUGCAUACAUUGAGUUGUUCUAUAUUUCAAUCAUUAAAUAAAGCAUGUACAUUCAUUGUCUCAGGAUAUCUCAAAGGGCUUCACAGUUACCGAAGUACCUUUCUUCUUGAAGUGUGCUCAGUGCUUUAGUGUGCUGAAGUCCGAGAGUGGGGCUUUUUACUUAAAUGCAAGAAUGUUACCUCAACCAAGGCUAAAGGCUGGUACGUAUUACAACACUCCUUCAUGUUUUAAAGGAUUUGUGAGGUUUCACAAGCUGUGUAAAGUUGUGUACAAGCUGACUAAAUUUAAAUUAACUAUUCUGGUAUGUUGUCCAGUAUCAGUUAUGAUUAAAUCUGUUACGUGCUAAUCUGAAUUAAGGUGCCAUUUAAUGGGCAGAACACAUAUUUAAUUUGGAAUUUAAGUGCCAGAUUAUCAGUUGAUUUCUGCGAUUUUUGACUGUACAGUUCAAAUUAAAUUUGACAAAAUGGUCAUGUGCUCAUGAUUCACAUGAUGCACAGCUGUGCAAAUUCCCCACAUACAUUAUUUAUUUGUAGUCCUUCAAAUCUGAUUGAAAACUAGGUGUACAUCUUCAUCUAAAUUGCAUUGCAGAUGGAAAUAAAAGGAUAGUUUUCAAACUGUUAAAAUAAUUUCCCCUGUUACUGAACCAAUUCAAAAAUAUAACUGAAUUGGCAUAAAUAUUAAUUUGCUGUACUCCUUUAUAUAUUUUUAACCCACUUAAGGAUGCGUGAUGUAGUGGGUUACAACACUUUUAAUUCUGGGUAUGUAGUUUUCUGUCCGGUCAAAACUGUUGGCAAAAGCCUUCUCUCUUUGUAGGCUGUAAGUACCCUAGGUUACAUGGCACUCUGAACUUUUGGUCCGAAUGAUUUGGCAAUACGGGAUCUAUGUUGGCGGUUGUAGGGAAUGAGGUUGUGGCCAAGUAAACCUUUUCCCUAGAUUUAAAAUACAUUUGUGUCGUCAAACAUGAGUAUUCCUGCUCUGAACAAAUGUGGUAUGCAUUGGGCAAUAAAUCAUUGGAACAGCGUUGCCCCAUUGAAGAACAAAAAGCUCUUAUUUGUUUUGGUUAAGAGUAUAGGAGGAAUAGAGCCCUGCAAGACUUUCUAAUCACUGCAGCCAAUGUCAGCCAAUGCCUUGCUUGCUACAGAGCAAGGUAAAUGUUGAUUCAGUGAUUAAGAUGAUGGAGUUAAUACCUGGCAUAGUCAUAGUGUCAAGAGUGUGAAGCAAUCAUCUGAGCCACUGUACUAUCAGGAGACCUCCGUUAGUUUGUUAAUCUAUGAUUCAAACAUUUUAUUUGUUUCCAGUCCCUGAUUCAGAAAAAAUACCAACCCAGAAAGAUCUGAUUCUGUAUUUAAAUAUAGUGAUUACUCUUUCCCUCGUGGUGUGUGCUCUUUAUGAAUAAUAAAAAGUUGCAGUUUCUUUCGGACAGACAGACCAGCAGUCGCUAGUCUCUCUGGUGGUCCAUAUGGAUGUGGCUUUUCGUUAAUAACCAUCUGGUCAGAUGAGAUUAUUUUCGUAAGAUUCUUCAUACAAUCAGAGUUUGUAAAGUUGAUAUUGUGCCUAAAAAUUGGCAAUUUAUAAUCACCCAUCUACUCUGCUUGCACUUUUUAAAUGUUGUUAUGCUGCAUUUCUGGGCUUUGGAAUUAUGAGUAAACAAUGAUAAAAGGGGUAUACUGCAUAUAAAGGGGUAUACUUCCUUCUAUCUCCAUACGUUUAGAAUGUUUGCUGUACAAGUGCCUCUUACAAUUGACUUUUAAAUGAUUUCUUUAGUGAAACUAGAAAUAUGCAAUGCUUUUAUAUCUCAAAUUGAUGUAUGACACUGCUUCAAUUGAAAUAUAUUCCUGGUGACACCUUAAAUCCAGGUGAUUCAUCUAUGCACUGCAUUUUUGACGUUGUUGACUUGAUUGUGAAUGGUAAACCAAGUAUUAUUAUGAGUCCAUUUAAUUAUUUGUGUUUAAUGUUCAUUAACUGCUGUGUUUCAAUCACUUGAUAUUAGUUGAAUGUUUGCAGUAUGUAAAGUCAAACACAAUGUAACAGUCACGUUUAUUCAUCAUUUGGUGUUCUGCAGAAAGUGUUACUGUACGAGAUUGUCUUUGUGUUUAAAAGUUCAAUUAUUUGUUAAGUGUUACAAGUGCAACAAUUGAUUAUUAAAAGCUUACACCCUCCGA